CCCAUAAAGAAAGAUCAAACCUUUCCUUCCUUCCAAAACAUCUCUCAGCCGAAAUCCAAAAUUGAAUUUUAACCCUAAAAACAAAAAAAACAAAAGUCUUCAGCUUUAAGCAAAACGAGAUCAAGCGACUUAGAGUGGUGUAGAGUCAGAAACCAACCACGAUCUGUUGUGGUUUCUUCCCAAACGACACUCCCAUUUGAUCGGACCUCGACAUUGCUGUGUUCUGUAAGAAGCUUCGAUGUGGCGGUUAGGGUUACGAGGCGGUGGAGGUGAAUCGUACCCGGAGAGACCCGAUGAGCCUGAUUGUGUCUAUUACUUAAGAACCGGUGUUUGCGGGUACGGGUCGAGAUGUCGGUUCAAUCACCCACGUAACCGUGCACCGGUAUUGGGAGGUCUCAGAACAGAAGCUGGAGAGUUUCCAGAGAGAAUGGGACAGCCCGUGUGUCAGCAUUUUAUGAGAACGGGAACAUGUAGAUUCGGUGCUUCUUGCAAGUAUCACCAUCCUAGACAAGGAGGAAGAGAUUCUUUUACUACUCCAACCUCAUUAAGUUACAUGGGAUUGCCAUUACGCCCGGGUGAGAAAGAAUGUUCAUAUUACAUGAGAACCGGUCAGUGUAAAUUCGGUUCCACCUGUCGGUUUCAUCAUCCUGUUCCUCCUGGUGUACAAGCUCCGUCUCUACAUCAGUUAUCAACUAGUCCAGGUCCAGCUAUUUAUCCACCUCUUCAGUCUCAAUCAGUUCCUGCAUCGCAGCAAUUUGGAGUAGCUAUACCAAGGCCUCAGCUUUUACAAGGCUCAUAUGUUCAAAGCCCUUACGGCACUUACAACCAAAUGGUUCUUCCUCCUCCUGGAAUGAUUCCAUACUCUGGCUGGAACCCUUACCAGGCUUCUAUAAGUGCAAUGCCUUCUCCUGGGACUCAACCGUCUAUGGUAUCAAGCUCUGUCUAUGGAAUUAGACCGUUAUCUCCUCCAGUGCCUGCGUAUCCAUCUGGUCCAUCUUCAAAUAAGGAACAAUCUUUUCCUCAGAGACCUGGACAACCAGAGUGUCAAUACUUUAUGAGAACGGGAGAUUGUAAGUUCGGAAACUCUUGCAGAUUCCAUCAUCCUCUGGAAGCAGCAUCUCCCAAGGGAGUUACCCUCAGCCAAAUUGGCCUCCCAAUUCGUCCUGGCACAGCGCCUUGCAGCCACUUUGCACAACAUGGGGUUUGCAAGUUUGGGCCUGCCUGCAAAUUUGACCACUCCAUGGGAACUUCUUCACUUACCUACAGCCCAUCUGCUUCUUCACUUACUGGCAUGCCCGUCACGCCUUACCCUCUCGGGUCCUCAUCGCUCGGCAUAUCAGCUCCAUCAUCAUCAUCGUCCUUGUCUGAUCAACGCAUAGAGCUUCACUCUUCGAGCUCCGUUAAACCCACAAACACAACAACUGGUGGCUCAGAAAUUUUGGCUGCUGAGACCAAAAAUGGUGACUCGGCUAGCAUUGAGGUUAAGACUUCAAGUUAAAGAGACAAUACUCAAAGGAGGGAAGAGAAUCUCUCUCUAUUCUUCUUCCACUAGCUUCUCUCUUUACUCUCUAUCUCUUCUUAUUUACAUUCACACUUUCAUGAACUCAAGAACAUAAGAAACAUUUUUUUUUGGCUGGAGUCUGGAGACAACAACAAGAAGCAAAAGUAGAGAGAGACCAAAGCAGCUCUAGUUUUAUGUGUUUUGUCUCUCCUCUUAGUUGUGGUCUCUCUUAACCAUGUUCAUACGAUUCCUUCAUACAGCCAUCUUUCUAUCUUGUAAAACAAAAACUUUUCAAAAUGAUUAUUUAUAAAUGGACUUAUUGUUCAUGAGAUCA